GGCGGUGUCAGCCAGUCAGUCGGUCGAUGGUGCUCCACCUUCUCUCCUUUAAAAAGGUGGAAAAAAUACCCCUAAAGCCACUACAAAGAUAAUUAAGCAUCGGAUUAAACAUAAAAGUAAUCGAUUUGAGUGAACCCGUUCAAGGGCCUUCUCACGGCAGCCAUGUCGGGUUCCUACGACGACUCCAUGAUCGACGUCUCCAGCGACAGCUUCUGGGAGGUGGGCAACUACAAGCGCACCGUGAAGCGCGUGGAUGACGGCAACCGGCUAUGCAACGACCUCAUGAGCUGCAUCCACGAGCGGGCGCGUAUCGAGAAGUCGUACGCCCAGCAGCUCACCGAGUGGGGCAAACGCUGGCGGCAGCUCAUAGAGAAAGGCCCCCAGUACGGCAUGCUGGAGCGGGCGUGGGCGUCCCUGUGCACGGAGGCGGAGAAGGUGAGCGAGCUCCACAUGGAGGUGAAAGCCUCGCUGAUGGGCGAGGACUACGAGAAGCUGAAGAACUGGCAGCGCGACGCCUACCAUAAGCAGAUGAUCGGCGGCUUCAAGGAGACCAAGGAGGCCGAGGACGGCUUCCGCAAGGCGCAGAAGCCCUGGGCCAAGAAGCUCAAGGAGGUGGAGACCAUGAAGAAGUCCUACCAUUCCGCCUGCAAGGAGGAAAAGCUGGCGGCCAGCAGGGAGACCAACAGCAAACUGGAGAGCAACAACAAUCCAGAAGCGCAGAAGAAGCUCCAGGAGAAGGUGGAGAAGUGCCAGCAGGAGGCGCACAAGACGAAAGAACGCUAUGAGAAGUCCUUGGAGGAGCUGGACAAGCUGACCCCCCAGUACAUGGAGAACAUGGAGCAGGUGUUUGAGCAGUGGCAGCAGUUUGAAGACAAACGCAUUCGCUUUUUCAAAGAGCUUCUCUUGGAGGUCAAGCAGCACCUGGACCUCUCCACCAAUCACAGGUUCCAGACCAUUUACCACACGCUGGAAGACACAAUCCAAGCCACCGACGCAGAGGAGGACCUGAAAUGGUUCCGAUCCAAUCACGGACCCGGCAUGCCCAUGAACUGGCCCCAAUUUGAGAAUUUGGACUGGUCCCGCCUUCGGUCCUUUAAGAGAAGGUCCAUUGUAGACUGGUCCAUAGACCUGAACCGCACCCUCAGCAGACGGGAGAAGAAGAAACCAUCAGAGGGCGUCACGCUGACGGGCAUCAGUCAGACUGGAUCCGACCAGCCGGUCCAGCCUCUCAAGACCAGCAGCAGCAUCAGCACGCCUCCCAAAGCGGCGCCCCCCGGUUCCAACCCUUUCGAGGAUGACGAUGAAGAGUACGAGGAAGCGGGGAUGGUGGACGAUGAGGAGGACGAGGAGACGAGCAACCACAUCAGCGUGAAACGGGAUGACGUGAAAACCAGCGCCAGCAGCAUGGAGAGGACGCCGGACUGGUCGGACGAGGACACCACCACCACCACCGCCGCCACCACUUUUCCGGCAAACGGGAACGGGAACCCCUUCGAAGACGAGCCGGCCUCCCCGGUCAUCUCCGUGCCCGUCCGAGCGCUUUACGACUACGAGGGGCAGGAGCAGGAUGAGCUGAGCUUCAAAGCGGGGGACGAGCUGACCAAAAUUGGUGAGGAGGACGACCAGGGAUGGUGCAAAGGCCGACUCAAGAACGGGCAGAUUGGCCUCUAUCCUGCUAACUAUGUGGAGGACAUCCAGUAAUGAUAACCACAGUCACUGUGUGUGUGUGUGAGAGUGUGUGUGUGUGUGUGAGAUGAGUGGCCAAAAGGACCUCGCAUUGACCCUCAUUACGGUGGGGUCAAGUUGGCAUUAAAAGACCCUCGGCUGUUACAGAAAAAUGGCUAACACAGCAAACACUGGGCCUGACGGACAGACAGACGGACGGACGGUCGGCUAGCCGCCACGGACUUAUUGACGGGGGAGCCCCGGGGUUGAUCACAUGACCAGUUGGUGGAGAUAUUAUAACGACUAUCAAGGAAGCUUUCAUGUGGUUCACAACAAAUGGGUGGGUUUCCUUUAGCACUGCACUUGAAUGUAAACUCACUGAUUGUAUUUCUCGUUGAUUUUUUUCUCGACCUACAGUAAUUCAUAUGCAAGUCCUCUUUACUUUCCAUUUAACACUGAAUAUUCAAGCUUAUUUUGACACCGUGGUUCAAAGGGCCGAGCAGUGUGGGCGUGAGAGUACAAAUAAAGCUAUGAAAUCCUAGCUAGCUAAGUUAAUUUAUAUAUAAUGCCCUUUAUUAUAUGUGCUUUUUUAGUUCUCUUUAAACGCUGCCACUGAGAAUCAGUUUGUACGUGAAUUGACUUAAUGUUUGCCAACAUGAUUAUUCCCUUUUGCACGGGGCCACGUUCAUUUAAUUAAUUAGGAAAUAAUAUGUGAAUAAUUUGUAGUAUUUUAAAACAAAACAAUGCUCCAUAGUCUUUACAGAUGUAGGUUUGAGGUUUUUGCCAUGUUUUCAGGAUACACCAACACAGCUUUAGCUGUACUUGCACAGUUACAUGUUUGUAAAUGUUUUCCCACAACAGAAUAAAUCAAUUUACUGGAGUAAUGUUCGCUUUGGAUUUCGCUUGUACUUCUGUAUAAGUGACAAAAAUAAAGGCUCGUUCAUUUC